AUGGGAAAUGGGGAAUCAUCCGGAAAAGGAGACGAUCAAAAUGUAAAUUCUCAAAGUAAUCACGAUUUUAAGUGUAUUAAUGGGAGAUGGUAUCAUAAUGAGGAAGCGUGUUAUAUAUUUCCCUCAGACAUUGAGGAAAUCGAUCGUCAGCAACAACAGCAUUAUUAUUUCAAACACAUCUUCAGGACCAAUAUCUCAGCUCCGGCAGAAUACAAAAUUCAUUCAAUUUCUCAUCAACAAAGGUGUGGCGCAGGGAUAUGGUUGUUGGAACUGGCUACAGAAUAUGAGAAAUCGGAAUUCUUUGGCGUGGACAUGUCGCCCGUUUUUCCUGCUCACAUUAAGCCUUCCAAUUCUAACUUUAUUAAGGCAAAUGUGCUAAACGGGCUACCAUUUCCACCGAAUGAAUUUGACUAUAUUCACAUCUCGUUUAUGCAUGGCAGUUUCAAAGAUGAUCAAUGGCAGAAUAUCGUGAUCCCCGAAUUGAUCCGCGUUCUUAAACCCGGCGGAUGGUUGGAGUUCUACGAUGUUGAAAUCAUAAGUAUAAAUGGUGGCCCGCUAGUGAUGCGUCUCACCAAGAGCGUACUACAACUGAUAUACAUUGCCGGCCUGAAUCCAAAAUCACCGACCCUGAUCAAAGAUUGGCUAUCAUCUUAUGCAUGCCUUAAGGAUAUUAAGGAGAUUAUAAGGUAUCCUUACAUAGGAAAGUGGAAGGGCGAAAUAAUAGACGAGGAAAUCGAGAUUGAAUGCGAAGAAGAAUACGAUGAGGGAUGCGGGAAUGAUGUCGUUAUCGAAGAAGAGUGUGAAUGCGAGAAUCCUGAGGAGGUUCAUUUGGCUAGAGUUGAUGUUGCGAAAAGGAAGAAGGAUGUGGAGAUUGGAAGGUUACUUAAUGAGAUGAUGAAAACGUAUUAUACCAUGGAUUCAGAAAACUUAUCAAAAUGUAUGGGCGUUGAACGGGAGGAAUUCUUGAGUAUCGUGGAAGAGUGUUUUGAACAUGAAACAAGUAUAUAUGACACAAAAAUGAAAGUAAUAAGAGUGAUAUGCAAGAAAGAGGAGGAU